GUCACCAUAACAACGGCAUCAUGGCGACGACAACACUAGCUGUCACUCACGGCCGCCGUAGAGGAACAACGAAAGAUAUCCACCAAGAGGACAUCUCAAACGGCUCAGAAACGGAUGCACGUCAAGUUGCUAUUGUGACCAAUAAUGAGUGGACGCGAAUUAAGGACAGUUUGACGAGAAAACAACAGGAAGAAGAGAAGGUGCGUAGGGAAAGGUCGGAGAGAAUACGAAUGCAUGAAACGUCGAGAAAUAUUGUGAAACAUUGGGAGAACACGAUUGAGGGACAGAGGCAGAAGAAAUUGCAAUCGAAGAGAAUUCGCGAAGAGAAAGAAGAGGAAGAGAAGAAGAAGGUUGAUGUAGAGGAAGCCAAAUUUCAAGCUCAGAAGCGCAAAGAAGCUAUCGAACACGCUAAGACACUGCAAUACUACCAGACAGAUCGAGUCAAAGGAUUUCAUGGAGCUCUACUGUUGACCGAAGUGUUACGAGAGAGAGACGCUCAGGUAGAAUACAAGAAAAAGAAACAGGAGUCAAUGAAAGGGAGAGAUGUCAUCUAUGUAGAGAAAGCAAGAGAGGACUAUGAAAAGGGUUUGUUGGAUGAUCACGAACAAGCAGCAAAGAGGGUGGCAGCUAAUAAAACUGUUGCUGAUUUCCAAAAGCAACAGAUAACAGAACGUCGGGAUGCAUUUGACAAGCUCAGACAUGAAGACAUCCAAGAAGGAAAGACGAUACAACAAGAUGUAUCUGAGUUUUAUAAGAAACGUACCGAACUGGAGGAAAAGAAGCAUCAAGAGAAGAUUGAACUGCAACAGACACUUCUUAAAGCUCUAGACGAGAAGAAGGAAAUUGAAGCAAUGAAAAAACGAGACGAAGAAGAACAAGACGAAGAAAUAAGACUUUUCGUUGAGGCAAAAAAGAAAAUGAUGCGAAUGAGAAAGGAGCAGGAACGUGCUUUGUUCAAACAGUUUCAAGACUAUCAGGGCUCAAUGGUUGGUCGACUUGCAAAGCAGAUGCAAACGAAAGUUGAUGAUGAAGACAAGAGAAUAGCAGAAGUUCAAGGAGAAACAGAAACGAAGAAGAAGCUUGCAAUGAAAGCUAAGGAGCAGCAGUUGGCAGAGAGACAGAAGGCUAUUCAUGAACAUCGAGCUGAAAUGAUGGCAGAAAACAGGGGGAAGAAGAAGGAAGAGGAAGAGAGAGAUAUUGAGAUGCUAAAGCAACGAAUAGAGUUGGAUAUGAAGUUUCGACGUGAUAUGAUGGAAAAGGAGAAGAAAAAGAGAGAGACUGCAAGGGAAUUGAGUAGCUUUCGCUUUGAGCAGAUUGAGCAACGACAUUCUGUUGAGGAGCAACUGCGUGCCGAGCGGGCGGAAUUCGACAAGAAACGCGCCGAAUCGUUGAAAACCGAGGAGGAGCAGUUCAAGGCAUACGCAGCCGAAGUGUUACAAGAAGCUGAAAAAAGCAACAGCUGCAUGAAACCUCUACAAGCUGCAGUUCGCGCAGGCGCAGGAGGCGGACGCGGUCCACACUUUGACGGUUUGCAAGGCCUCAGACCGAGUUUCCAAGCGAUGGACGAGACGGGCGUACAGCUACCAAGUUAUUGUCAACAAAGACGACGCGUGCAAGGACGACCAAGUGAUCAACUAGGCAGCACACAGAAAAGAAUGGGAUUCACAUGGUAGUUAUAUACAUACGGGCUUUAGAAGCUUAACAUACGGGCUUUCGGUAUUUAGAAAUGAUGUAUUGGGAAAGUACCGUGAAACGCAGCUAUGGAAUUUGGGCCUGGCUUUCGUUCCAAGUUCUAUCUUGUAGUUGGGGCGUCGUUCCUGUUUGAGGCGACUGUCACUACAAUAGCGGUUUACUAUGCUAAGCUGCUCGCUUUGCUGCUCUACGUCAUGUACGAUUUUCGAGUCUUUUCUUGGGAUUCGGUCGGUUGCAGGCUCUACUGGCGAUG